AUCCAUACAUAUAUAAAGCGACAAUCUAUGCGAGGGUAGAACAGAGAGAGAAGGAAGAAGAAGACGAAUUCCAUCAAACUUAUUGAAGCUUUUAUUCGAAUUAGGGCAAGGCUUUUCGAGCUCUCUGUGUAUGAAUUGCGUAAGCCUUGGGUUUCAAAUCCAUGGGGAACCGAAAAGAACGACGUCGUCUUGCCGCCAUGUCCAGCUCUGGUCGCAGAGUUAAGCUCGACCUCUUCGCCGAACCCUCUGGAGGAGAUUUGGGUGGCUCUGCUGAACAUGAGGGAGUUGGAGGAGAAGUACAUUCGAAAAGCGAAUCCGGUUUACCCAAUUCACCAUCUUCUUCAGGUCAGCAACCAGAAAAUCCGCUGCUUUUACUUGGCCAGUAUAGUGAUGAGGAGUUGGAUGAUGGCUCAAAUAAAACUCAUGGUGAUGCUGUAGGGAACUCUUUGCCUCCGAGUGAUGACGAGGUUAAGAGUGUGCCUAAUGAAUUGGGAAAGAAUUUGGAUAUCAAAGGUAGUGAGGUGCCUGCUUCUCAGAAUUUCCAUCAAAAGGGAGUGGAUACCGACUCUGAUACACUGGAUUGUGAUGAGAGCAUUGAAGAUAGUGAUAAAAAAGAAAAUGGUGAUCUGACCACUGGGGAUUUAUGUACAGAAGUGGACUUAGUGGAUAAACUUUCUUCGCCUGAAACUGAUAAUGUACAAGUUAUUGGUGAUGUCAGUUCAGGUUGGAAGAUUGUGAUGCAUGAAGAAAGUCAAAGCUAUUAUUACUGGAAUACUGAAACUGGAGAAACCUCAUGGGAAGUGCCUGAUGUUUUGGCCCAGGCUGGCAAGUCAACCUGUGAACCGAAGAUGCCUUCUAUUGAUGAAAAAGAGAGUGUUCCUGUUAGUAUGCAAGAGUCUAAUGGUUAUUCUAAUUCUAAUCCCAUUGAAGGGUCUUCCAAUAUGGUACCUCAGGCCCUAUAUGGGGAGGGGUCCCAGAUGAAUGACUGGAAUCUAGGAUACUAUAAUGGAUCAGAGAUUGAUCCCUCCUCUCAUCUUGUAAAAUAUACUGAGGCUUUGUUAGAGAGAUUGAAGUCACUACAACGGUCCAAGGAUCAACUGCAAGGUGUUGACCAGAUCACAAAAUACAUAUUGGAAAUUGAAAUCAGACUGUUUGAUUUGAAGUCAUUAGUUUCCUAUGGAUCAUCUCUGCUUCCAUUUUGGAUGCAUUCUGAAAUACAGCUUAAGCGGCUUGAGAGUGCUAUUGAUGUUGAAAUGUCUAAGAUUGUAAAUUCUGGAGAGUCAAAUCAAGUUGAGGCAUCUCAAGCAUCAUUCUUCCAGGGAGAAAUUAAUGUUCAGGAAAGCAAGGAAUCUAAAACUGAAGUAGAUCGAGUAGAAGAGAAGCAACUUAUUUCUUCUCUAAAUGAAUGUCAUGGUUCUCUUAGUGCGGAUGCAGUCAGUGAAGAUCAAGAAGUUAAAGACCGUAUUGUGAAUAAUGAGUAUGUUUCUGCAUUUGGCCCCCCUACUAAACAAAUAGAGGUUGGUGCAAGUGAACAAGUCCAUGGUAUAAUAGUUCCUGAUGAGUUAACUACCAAGAAUGAGGUUUGUGCUGAGGAAGAUGUUGACAUGGAUGUGGACAUGGAAGUUGAAGAUUCAAAUUUAGCCGAGAAUACAACUAUUAAUUCUUAUGCGUUCCAUGCAAAGGAGUUCACUGGAACAGAGCAGCCAAAUCAGCCAAAUUCAGCUUCCCUAUACACAUCAUUAGUUUCAGAGGAUACUUUUGCGGUUCCACCUCCUCCAGAUGAGGAGUGGAUCCCUCCACCCCCACCUGAUAAUGAACAGAUUCCUCCGCCUCCACCUGAUGAGCCACCACCUGAACCUCCAUACCCUCCACUGGUGUCUUAUUCUGAGACAGCACAACCUCUCUAUGCAGAACAAUACAAUUUCUCCUAUCCAGUUUCUGGUUUUGAAUAUUAUGGACAUACAGUUGCUGAAGCACCUGGUGGUAAUUAUUAUGGACAAGCUGAAGGAAGUCAACUUGCUAUACCCCAUGUACCAGUUUAUUAUGGUGCAGGUCUUAGCACCUACGCUGACAAUGCUCAGGUUGUGGCAAAUCCUGUUGCGCCUGUCACAUAUUAUGCGCUUCAAGAUGGAACAGUACCUACCCCUCCUGUAGUCAAUAGCAUAAAUUCCAUGCAAUUUCACAGUGAGGCUGCUACUAUUAGCUCUGACAACCUUUCAUCUGAUCGUCCAAGUAUCAAUUCCUUUGAAGGAACAGGCAUCAGUGGUUCAACUUUGCAGGUUCCAUCUAUCUCAGCCACUGUCCAAGCGCCUGCUAAUAUUAUGGAAAAAGAUACGAUUCUUGUUCCAUUAACUAAUACAGUCUCUAUUGCUGAACCUAUUCCUGCCACAUCAGUGGUUGCGAAGGUUCAAUCAAAAGUUCUACGUACUAAAAAGCGGACAAUACCAGCUUCUUCUUCCUUGAGGUCUAAUAAGAAAGUCUCCAGUUUGGUGGACAAGUGGAAAGCAGCAAAAGAGGAGUUGUUAGAAGAUGAGGAGGAACCUGAUAAUACAUAUGAGUCACUAGAGAGAAAGCGACAAAGGGAAAUAGAGGAAUGGUAUUCACAACAAAUUACAAGUGGAGAGGCCAAAGACAAUGCUAAUUUUCAACCUUUGGGCGGCAAUUGGCGUGAGAAGGUGAAGCGGAGAAAGACUCAGUUAGCCCGUGAGGCUGUGGAGACCGCACCAGAAGCACCUAGUAACGGGAACCAGCAGCCGGACCUUACAGAACUUUCAAGGAAUCUCCCCUCUGGAUGGCAGGUUUACUGGGAUGAAUCCUCGAAGCAAGCUUAUUACGGAAAUACUGUAACCUCAGAAACUACCUGGACGAGACCAACAAAAUGAGUUGUUUCCAAACUUCGAAGGCUUGUAUAGUUGCUGUAUUAGUUGGCAGUUAUAUCACUUACCAUCUGUUGUGCUGAAGCUAUCAUUUUAUCAUCACAAUGUUGUACGCAAAAAGUCCUAAGUUCUGAGGAAUGUAGGUUUUUGGUUGCAAUAGAAAAUCCCCCUUCUGCCUCCUGUGAAGGAGUGUAGCAUCUAGUACUAGGUCAGCCUUAGCACAGUUCAUUGUAUACAGUUUAGCCCAAUCUAGCCUUCACAUUAAAAACAAUAGACU